GCCUAUGUGGGUUGAAAAAUAAACCAACUUUGAAAAUGAAUAUAAGCCCAUUCGAACCCGGCCCGCUCAACUUCAGCAAAGAUGGAUCUGAGUCAAGGUGGUGCAAAAGUCAGCAUGGAGAAGGCGUGACCCACGACGAGUCAGAUGCGCCGGCGCCGGGCCGAGCUUCUACGAGCCUUACGCUCUUCGCGGCAUCCGAGUCGACCGAGUCGAAUCCGGACUCGUCGUCUGAUUUUUCAAGGUCCCUCUCGCCUCAGUCCAACAACAUGGAGAAUGCGAAGAAGUCUGUGGAGUUGACGCAGGACGAGUCAGAAGCCUUCUCGCGACUCGUCCUUCCGGAACCCCAACCAGGGGUAUGUAUAUACAAUCAUUUCGCCACCAGAGGCAUCCGAGUCGACCGAGUCGAACCCGGACUCGUUGUCUGUACUCUCAAGGUCCCUCCCCGCCUCACUGAUAGAGCUGGAAAUUUGGCUAAUGGUGCAAUUGCAAACCUUGUUGAUCAAGUUGGUGCUGUUGUUCAUGUUAGGGGUCUCCCGGUGAACGUUUCAGUGGACAUUUCCAUCUCGUUCAUGUCAAAGGCGAAGCUUGGUGAUGAGUUAGAGAUCACGUCAAGGGUGUUAGGACAACUAGGUCGUUAUUGUGGAACAUCAAUACUUGUGAGAAACAAAGCAACCGGUGAGGUGGAAUGAAGGGAGCUCUUUGGGGGCAUAGGUUGAAUCUUUUCGUAGUUUCGCUUUCUUUUGGGAAAUAAGUGUUUUGUCAUUGAAUAAGGAUUGAGAAUUAUGUUUAACAUACAUGGUCCAGAUUCUGGCCUCAAAUUUAGUGAACUGUUUUCAACUGCUAUUGU